AUGGAGAGCAGAGCGGCAACUAACGGCGUUGUUCAAACAAAGCUGACCAGAUGUGCCAGUAGCGUCGGUGAUUGCGGUAACGACAAAACGAAGGCGGGCUGGUCGAGUCCCCGCGAGAUUUGGAGGAACCUGUCCCUGAGGAGGAAGGCCGAGGCCGUUAUUGAUUUGCCGUCAAUGCUAUCAGGCAACGUCGCGACGACACGUGAACAUGGACGUCAAGACUGCAUCGGCGUCCGC